UCGCUCGCUCCGGGCCUCUCCCUUUCCCUCCUCUCCCCUCCCUUCGCCGCCGCCGCCCGCCAUGGUGGCGCUCGCCUCCCUCUCGUCCCUAUGCCCCUGCGGCCUCGCGCGCCGCCGUUCGUCCUCCGCGGCCUCCGCCUCUAUCACGUGCUGCGCCGCGGCCUCGCCUCUCCCCUCCGCCAAAGGAUCUCAAGAAUCUAGAACGCCCCGUAGACGGGUGAGGAAAACUGAGGGUGCCACUAAGAGCCUGGAAGAUUCAGUCAAGCGAAAGUUGGAACAGUUUUACGAAGGGUUGGAUGGUCCACCUCUCCGAGUCCUCCCAAUAGGUGGCCUUGGAGAAAUAGGCAUGAAUUGCAUGCUUGUGGGGAACUACGACCGUUACAUAUUGAUAGAUGCAGGGGUUAUGUUCCCAGACUACGAUGAAUUUGGUGUGCAAAAGAUUAUCCCAGACACCACAUUCAUCAAGAAAUGGAGCCACAAAAUUGAAGCAGUUAUUAUAACACAUGGCCAUGAAGAUCACAUCGGUGCGUUGCCCUGGGUCAUCCCAGCGUUGGAUUCAAGCACACCGAUUUUUGCAUCAUCUUUUACUAUGGAGCUAAUAAAGAGGCGCUUGAAGGAGUUUGGAAUUUUCCUCUCAUCUAGGCUUAAGGUUUUUAGAGUAAGGAAGAGAUUUCAGGCUGGGCCAUUCGAAGUGGAACCCCUCCGUGUAACUCAUUCAAUCCCUGACUGCUGUGGCUUAGUGCUUCGGUGUGCUGAUGGCAUAAUUUUCCAUACUGGUGACUGGAAAAUUGAUGAGUCACCAGUGGAUGGAAAAAAUUUUGAUCGGCAAGCAUUGGAAGAGCUCUCCAAAGAAGGCGUUACACUUAUGAUGAGUGACUCUACAAAUGUUCUAUCCCCUGGAAGAUCCAUCAGUGAGUCUGUUGUUGCUGGUUCAUUGUUGCGACAUAUUUCAGAAGCAAAAGGAAGAGUAAUUACAACACAAUUUGCUUCCAAUAUACAUCGCAUUGGGAGCAUCAAAGCUGCUGCAGACUUAACUGGUCGAAAGAUGGUGUUUGUUGGAAUGUCACUCAGGACUUACCUUGAUGCUGCUUUCAGGGAUGGAAAGUCACCAAUUGAUCCAUCAACCUUGGUUAAGGUAGAGGACAUGGAUGCCUACGCCCCAAAAGAUCUUCUAGUUGUUACUACAGGUUCACAAGCAGAGCCACGUGCUGCUCUAAAUCUUGCAUCUUUUGGGGGAAGUCAUGCCCUUAAACUAUCGAAAGAGGAUGUCCUUCUGUACUCUGCCAAGGUUAUUCCUGGAAAUGAGUCGCGUGUAAUGAAGAUGUUAAAUCGCCUUACUGAGCUUGGCCCAAAAAUUGUGAUGGGAAAGGAUGCUGGUCUCCAUACUUCUGGGCAUGCCUAUCAUGAUGAACUUGAGGAAGUCCUACGGAUUGUUAAACCACAGCAUUUCUUGCCUGUCCAUGGAGAACUCCUGUUUCUUAAAGAACAUGAAUUACUUGGAAGAUCAACUGGCAUAAGGCACACUACUGUAAUUAAAAAUGGAGAGAUGCUUGGUGUGUCACAUCUAAGAAACAGAAGAGUUUUGUCUAAUGGGUUUGUUGCUCUAGGGAAAGAGGAUUUGCGGCUAAUGUAUAGUGAUGGCGACAAAGCUUUUGGAACAUCCAAUGAUCUCUGCAUUGAUGAGAGAUUCAGGAUUGCAUCUGAUGGCAUUAUUUUCGUUAGCAUGGAGAUCUUCCGACCUCAGAAGGAACUUGCUUCAUCACAGUCAGGACUGAAAGGGAAGUUCAAGAUAACAACACGAUGCCUAUGGCUUGAUAAUGGAAGACUAUUAGAUGCACUUUAUAAAGCUGCAUAUGCUGCAUUAUUAAGCUGUCCAGUGAAUUGUCCACUUAGUCACAUGGAGAGGAUGGUAUCUGAAAUCUUGAGGAAAAUGGUAAGGAAGUAUAGUGGGAAGAGGCCUGAUGUCAUUACGGUUGCUACAGAGAAUACAACAAUAAACUUUGUAGAAGACUCAGAAGGUAAAUCGUCUGGAAAGUUCGGAUCUUUCUCAGCUUCUAGGCAUCCCAGCAGGGGUUCAGGUAGGGGCCUCGAAGAUAAUGACAAAACACGCCCAGAAAAUCCAGAGGGGGAGGCUAAAGAGAUCCUUCCUGAUGUCUCGAGAACAACACGUGAUGAUGCAACCACAAGCACGAAUGGUGAAGCAUUCUUCUCCUCGGAUUUGCAUAAGCCUAAAACACUAGAGCAUUUUUGGGAUUCAUUCAAAUCCCCUACAGCUGUAAAGAUUGCUAGGAUCGUCAAUGGUUCAGCUCAAGGGAAUAAGCCAAAGCUUAGCAAGAUCAGCAUAAUGGGUAAGGACUCUAGCGACCCCCCUUCUGCUCCAGUUAAAUCUUCGAAAAAGAACAAGUGGAAGCCUGAGGAAAUUAAGAGCUUAAUUCAGAUGCGUGGUGAAAUGAACGAGAAAUUUCAAACUGUGAAAGGGAGGAUGGUUCUGUGGGAAGAGAUAUCUUCUAGUAUGUUGAACCAGGGGAUAAGUCGUUCUCCAGCACAGUGCAAAUCUCUAUGGACAUCAUUGGUUCAGAAAUAUGAGGAGAGCAAGAAAGAUGAGGAAAGCGUAAAGACGUGGCCGUAUUUCUUGGACAUGGACAGGGUUUUAUCAGGCCAAGGGGAAAUGGCAACCCAAUGAUCCCAAAACCCGUAGUUUAGUGGUAUUAGUUCUGGAGAAUCAAGUGGCAAGAUGAGAUUGUUACAGCGUGUUUACCCCCUAGAGAAUACGUGCCGUUGGCAUGUGGGAGUAGUUCUUUCCACGAAAGGGAGGCACCAGGAAGAGAUUGAGCUGUUGCGUACGUAUUCACCAUGAGAGUGUGGUACAGGGCUAGGGAUAGCUGACAUUAUUUAAUCAACUUCUCCACUAGAUCAAGUGAUCGAGUAGCUAAAUUUUGUUCAAGUGCCAUUGUUUUCAGUGUAAACAGCACACAUGAACUGCUAAUCCGAAGGCUUCAGGUUAGCGAGAGCUCAA